AACAUAGUUGAAGAGCGUCGACGCGUGCUACUGCGUCGUCUCCGUGCAGCGGCCUGGGGUGCAACGUUUUCCUCAUUCUCUUCGUUGUUAUCAUCAGCAAAGCGAGGAUGACGUUCUGGAGUACCUCGUGACUUUCGGGUCGAGGAAAGUUUCUUCUCCUUGUCGAACAAGCGAACAUGAGCAUGGGCAGCAAAACUGACACGACGAUCAAAAAUACUCUUGCGAGGCUAAUGCAAACAUUCAGAUUUCAAUGUCAGAAACGAAGUAGACUAUAUCAGACGCAUACACGAAUCCGACGCGCCCUGGCCACUGGACUGAGCUUAUCUCCCGGGGCAAUACUGUAAGCUCGCCUGCGAUGCUGCUGAGCAGAAUGGGCAGAUGAACCCUGGUUGAGCACGGCAAUGGAACGCCGCCUGUUUGGCGACACUUUACAGAUUACUGCCAUGUCUAGGGAUGUGAAUCAAGAAAAUGAAAGCCAAGCGCAGAUCAACUCAAGAUCAAGAUAGAUGUGUGUACCGAGCGGUGAUACUCGCGAGAGGAGGAGGACGCAAGGACGCGAACUCAACAAAACGAAACGCGUUGUGAUCACGAGACUGGAACGACCACGUGUUCUCCUCGCGGCGCGAUCGGACUGCGCGACGCGUUCAAAGUUGUCUUUGUGCUGGAGAGCGCCGGUUCGAUCCUUCACUGUCUCAUCUAUUGACAUUUUGAUCACACAGGCAACUCAAAGAAGCGAUUUUGCAGAAUUCAGCAUGGCCAGCAAAGCCAAGACUGCGACCCGUGCAUCCACUAGGACCAAAACCCCCACCGGUACAGUACCUGCUGCAACUCGUGUUACGAGAGCGACGACUGCCUCGAAGAUGAAGUCGACAGAUGUUCCCACUAAGCCCGCCCCUAGAAAGGCUCUUGUCAAUAGAGAUAACUCUCCAGAUCUGAAGCCCGCCUCCAAGAGCUCUCAAAAACCACCUUUAGCCAAGACGGCAAGCUUAGCCACAAUCGUUGAUGAUGAUGAUGAAAGAGAACCAAUCAAGGCAUUUCUGCGUAUCCGUCCUCACUUGGGCGAGGACGAGCCUUCCGCAACACCCUACCUUGACCCAAUCUCUGACACGACAGUCCGCAUGCAGGACCCUUCGUCGUCUUCACAGUCACAAGCUUACUCUCGGAUGUCGACUGUGAACCCAUCAUCACUCUACACAUUCUCUCACAUAUUCCCGCCAUCCACUCAACAGCCACAGUUCUUCCAGAAGACUACUUUACCUCUAGUGAAGGAUGUGCUUGAGGGACAGAGUGCGCUGCUGUUCGCGUACGGUGUCACUAACUCCGGGAAAACGUACACCAUCCAAGGUGGUAACAAUGAAGGCAGCGCCGGUAUACUCCCUCGUACGCUUGACGUCAUCUUCAACAGUAUCGAAGGGUUACAUGGAGAUGGACGAUAUCGACCCGUUCGUUUGCAAGGUAUUGAACUUGCCACAGAACCUGCCUCCUCUCCGAACACACCAGCGCGUCGUGCCGGUCCUUCACUGGCAGAUAUCCUAGAGGACCAGAUGACCGACGACAUUGAUAUUGACCCAACCACCCUCACACUCGAUCGUAACUAUGAAUACACUAUCUGGCUCUCAUAUUCAGAAGUUUACAACGAGAAAGUCUACGACCUCUUCGCGUCCGUAGACGACCCCACGUCGGAGCCCCAGCCUACCAUGUCUGGUAUCCCCCGACCGACUUCGUCUUUCCUCAAUCUUCCGUUGCCUUCAUCACAAUCUCAUCCCCUUCUACUUACACGGAAGGCUUUGCCGGUGAAACCAUGCCCACCUUCCGACACUGAUUCAUCAUCUUCGGAUAUGUCUAGUACCGGGAAAUACAUCGCAGGUCUCCGUCAGAUUCGAGUCCACAAUGCCGCAGAAGCAAAAACAUUAUUGAAGCUAGGCCAGCUCCAUCGACGGGUCUUCGGUACAGUAGCCAACAGUCAAAGUAGUCGAAGUCAUGCCUUGGUCACAAUCAAAGUCCUCCGAGUCCAUCGGGGAGAACGGAACGAUCCUACGAGCAUUCAAACAAGCAGACUGACUCUGGUUGAUCUGGCUGGUAGCGAGAGGACGAAACACACUCAUACCAGUGGAGAACGAUUACGAGAGGCGGGCAAUAUCAAUAAGAGUUUGAUGGUGCUUGGUCAAUGUAUGGAGACGAUGCGAGCGAACCAGAGGGCUGUCGCUAGAAGUCUUGCUGGUGGAUUGGGUAGCCAGAGGAUGGAUACGAGAGAUGUCAAGAAAGGCCUUGCGGUUGUGCCAUUCCGGCAUAGUAAGCUCACCGAGGUCCUUAUGGACUACUUCGUUGGUGAAGGCCGAGCCGUCAUGAUCGUUAAUGUCAACCCAUACGACACAGGUUACGACGAGAACUCCCAUGUGAUGAAGUUUGCCGCUCUUGCGAGGGAAGUAUGCACGACAGCACCGACGGCGGUUCCUAGAGCACUUCCAAAGGCGAAGCCCGGUCAAAAGAAGUCUAUCGUUGAACCGCAACGUAGAACUGUAUCCAUCUCACUGAAAAAUGGCAAGAAAACUAAAGAGACUCUUCUUGAGGUGCUUGAAGAGGAUGAAGAUCAGGAGGGUGACACUGAUGUUGAGUUGGAGGAUGAGCCAAUCAAUCCACUCGUUGAUGCGCUGUUCGACGAAAUUGAACAGCUUAGAAUCCAGCUUUUUGAGUCUGAAAUGCGUUCUGCCAUUAUCGAGGCCGAGAUCAGAGAGGAAGUCAUGUCUGAGAUGGAAGAGAGGAUGCGUAUGAUGGAAGCUAGGCAUGCGAAGCUGCUCCUGAGAGAGGUGCGUGAACAUCUGUCAAAAUUUACACUCGCGCCUGUGCUUAUUGAAUCAGGUUGAGCGAAACGAGAUGAAGAUGGAUGCCAAAAUCGACAUGCUUCAGAAAUCCGCCAUGAAGCCCAAAGGAACCUCUAGACGUGUGUAUGAAUCUGAGACCGAGGAAGAAGAGAUUGACAUAAGUCUUAAAGACGAUGAGAUGGAUGUCGACUCCGAAUCUGAAGCAAGCCGUUCGCCCUCUCCGCUUGCGACAAAAGGAAAAGGUGUACAGAAGACAACAAAGUUCCAACCUUUCUCAUCCAGCGCUGAUGAGUACGAAGACGAGAUCAGUGAGGACGAGGAUGAACCAGUGCGAGACUAUGAGCAUGAGUCGGAGAUCGAGGAAUGUACACCAGCCAAGAACAAGUCGUCAAAGAAUCCACCGGAGUUUCUAACUUCGCCUCCUCCAUUGAUUUUCGAAGCCGACGUGAAGGCAGCUCAGAAGGGCAAGAACACCCUGAAGUCAAGUAAACAAUCCGAAGGCCUGGGAAGUCUCACCAAGGAGCUGAAUUUGCUUUCUCUGCAAAAAGGCAGCAAGAAGACUCGGUAUGUUUACCUUUGUCCUACGUUUCUGCUAAUCACUCAUCACGGAUUCUCGUAUAGAACGUCGACUAAGAAGGCUUCAGAAGUAGCAGAGGAGGGUGAGAGACAACUGCGACGGAGUACUCGAGCGAAAUCAUAGAUGCAUUUCCUUCGGGUAGUGCCUUAGUGUAUUUUUAGUGUGUACUUUUGGAUACCUAGGCCUGUAGCUUCUGAAGUCUACAGAAUAACGUUCAGACAGGCUGGGCAAUACAUGUAAACUUGUUAACCUUGCCUUAAACUACAGCGCUUGCCUUA